AUGGCCGACUCCGACGGCGAGUACCAUGGGCUGUCCGAUGACGACCUCCAAGUAACCAACGGCAGGGGCGCAGACAGCAGCAAGGGUCGCGGCAAGAAGGGAAAGGGUGGCCACACAAAGGCGCGAUGGGAGGACGUCAAACGAAGCUGGGAAGAAGUCACAGAAGGCGCGGACGGAAGUCUGGCGGUCGGCGCGAGCCUCGAGGCCGAGAAGAGGCGGAGACUGCUCCGGGACACGACGCCGCUGCAGCGUGGCAUCAUCAGACAUCUGGUCCUGGUGCUGGAUAUGUCUUUCGCCAUGACAGAAAAGGACAUGCUGCCGAACCGCUAUCGCGUCGCCUGGGCGUACGCCGCCGACUUUGUCAAGGAAUACUUUGAGCAGAACCCCAUCUCGCAGCUGGCCAUAAUUGGCAUGCGGGACGGCGUCGCGAUCCGGAUCAGCGACAUGAGCGGCAACCCGACCGAUCACCUGGAGAAGCUCAAGACAUUCGAGGGACAAGAUCCGUCAGGCAACCCAAGUCUGCAGAAUGCGCUCGAGAUGUGCCGCGGCGCGCUAUUCCACGCACCUUCCCACGGCACGCGCGAAGUGCUCAUCGUAUUCGGCGCUCUCCUAUCCUCCGAUCCGGGCGACAUUCACGACACAAUAACUUCCCUCAUCGCCGACCGAAUUCGCGUAUCCAUCGUAGGCCUCGCAGCACAGGUCGCCAUCUGCGCUGAGCUAUGCUCCCGCACCAACGCCGGCGACGACACGCAGUACAGCGUGUGCAUGAACGAUGCCCACUUCCGAGACCUCCUCCUUGCCGCAACGACGCCGCCCGUCACGCGGACCGCCGCCCAGAGCACCGCCUCGCUGCUCAUGAUGGGCUUCCCCUCGCGCACCCUCGCGCAGGGCGAGGCUACCGCCGUGUGCGCCUGUCACAACAAGCCUGCCCGCGAGGGUUACCUCUGCACGCGUUGUGGCACGCGCGUAUGUCGCUUGCCCAUCGAGUGUCCCGCCUGCAGCCUGACCCUCAUCUUGUCGACGCAUCUAGCACGCUCGUACCACCACCUCUUCCCGCUGAGGAAUUGGGUCGAAGUGCUCUGGGCCGAAGCCACUAAAUCAAAAGCCUGCUACUCGUGUCUGACAACGUUUCCCGAACCACCAAAGGCGAGCAGGAAAAAGGACAAGGACAAGGAUAGCGACGGGGUGCCCACAACGACACCAGUGGCGCCGACGCCAGUGAUCGCGUCGGAGCUCAAGGGCGUCAGCGAGAGCGGACGGUAUGGCUGCACGGUGUGUGGCAACCACUUCUGUAUUGACUGUGAUGUUUACGCACAUGAGGUCAUUCACAACUGUCCUGGGUGCCAGAGUGACACCCGCGGGGCGCCGAUGGAGGUGGUGACGGAGACAAACGGGACAAACACGCACCAGACGAACGGGACGGCAAUGGUGUUGGAUUCGUGA